AAAGCAGCUAUUGCACGCUUGCUCUAUAAAUCAUGGCCGCUCCCACAUGCCGCAACCUGUCUUCCUGGCUGAUAUUUGGCUUAUUUUUCAUUCCAUCUUCAUUGAUUGAAUUCUUAACACCAAUUCAAUAGCAUAAAUCUUGGGCCAUCAACUUUUCAACAAUAUGCAAAUAGUUGGAAAAUUAUUAAGGUUGGGACUCAAAGUCUGCCCCGAUCGAUUGAAUUCCUAGCACCAUCCAUGUUAUCAUAAAUCUUGAGUCAUCAACUUUCCAACACCAUGCAAACAGUAGGAAACAAAUUCAGGCCGUGACUCAAGUCUUAACUUGAAAGAACAUCUGUAACGUGUGGAGUCCAUAUAUUCGAGCCAUUAAGCCUCUACCGUCUGGCAGGUUAAAGUUAUCAAGUCACAUCUAAAUAAAGUUGUUUUUACCUCUCUUUUUCUUUUCUUCUUGCUUAAAACAUAGAACAGCAUCACAUUAAAGUAGUAUUAAGGGCUAUUAUUAUUAUACUAAUGUCGACAGGACCCUGUUGUCAUUAAAAUUCUUCAUUUUCUCUUCAUAAAAAUUAUUUGCUUUUAAAGAAGAAAAGUAAGGAAGGACUGAAUGAUGCAUGUUCUUGCCCUUAUGCCAUGAUGAGGCACCAAAAUGUUGGCUAUGGGUGAGUGGACUCCAAUGGAGAAGGGGUACCCCACUAUUCAGUGAUCAUUCAAAGCUUUUAAAAGCAACCAACACACAGCUUUUCAGUUUUCACUUUCCUGACAUUGGAAACCAAAAGAGAAACCUCAUCAUCCUGUUGUCUUCUCUAAUUGGCUCUCUUGUCACUCUUAUUCAAGCUUCACUCCCUUCCAUGCUCCCCUUCUCAAUUUUUUGCAUGUGGCAGAGUUCUUGCAUCGGAUCGCUAUAAGAGAUGAAAGACAUGAAGGGAAGAUUUCUAAAGAAACUCAAAUUCAUUCCUACUAUCAGCUCUUUGAAACAAGGCCUAGUCCUUCAGCUUAACCCCCAACACACCUUCUCCAAUCAAAAUUGCCAUAGCCUAUCAGUUUACAAAGAUCAAGACUGCAAAAGCAACGUUGAUCUCCCAGAAUCAGUAGUUGAUUUGAAAGAUCAAAAAGAUGAAGAAACGGAGUUGGAAUUUGAGGUUGGCGACCAAGAUAGCAUUACACCCUCCACGGAGUUCAAGGACAUAGUGACUAGUAAGGAUAAUUCUCAGCUUCCAACCUCUUCAGAGAUCAUCGUCAAGGAUGAUAGCAUACCAGAAGGGAAGGUGGAUAUUGAAGAACAUCCAUCUUUAACAGAUUUUGAAGAGAAAUGUCCACCAGGUGGAGAAGAGUCAGUCAUUUUCUAUACAACAAGCUUGAGAGGAAUAAGAAAAACGUUUGAGGAUUGCAGCAGUAUCAGGUUUCUCUUGGACAGUUUCAAGAUAUUGGUCCAGGAGAGAGAUGUUUCAAUGGACAAGGAAUUUAGGGAAGAGUUAUGGAGGAUAUUGGGUGGCAGAGUGAUCCCUCCAAAGCUGUUCAUCAAGGGCAGAUACAUAGGAGGAGCUGAUGAGGUUGUUGGCCUUCACGAGGAAGGAAAGCUGAAGAAGCUCCUGGAAGGGAUACCUUCAGGCGCCCCCAACUGCCUGUGUACUGGUUGUGCCAAUUUGCGGUUCCUGGUAUGCUCAAACUGCAACGGCAGCCGCAAGGUUUAUGCAGAAAAGGAAGGUGAUGAAUUGUGCAUGAAAUGCUCUGAUUGUAAUGAGAAUGGAUUAAUUAAAUGCCCUGUUUGCUGCUGAACGCUUACUUGCAAUAAUUUCCUUCUUGUAUCCUUUCUCGAUGUUGUAAAUUUUCUUUGCCUUAUCUAACAGAUUCUUGCUUUUCAUGUCA